CUUUUUGAUCAAUCUUAACAUUUUUUCCGAUUUUUACAUUAUUGUACAUUUUCAAAAUUUUCUUUUAUUUUUAUUUUUAAUUGUUUUAAUACUUUUUACAUUUUCGUAUAUAAUACAAUUUUAUUUUUAAUUAUUUUGAUAUUUUUAGAAUUCCAUUUUUCUUAUGCAUUUUUACAAUUUUUCUAUUUAAAAACUUAAAUUAAGCAAAUCCUAGAGCAUAGCUUGUACUCCGUAUUAUUUUAUCAAACAGGUGCACUAAAGAGGAAUCUUGAUGUGCGCUUCUUCGGAAUUUCUUCGGAGUAGAUUCCGGACAGGUAAACAAAUUAAAACGCAGCGCAACGAGGAUGAGCGAGGACGAGCGAGGAGCGACGAAAACAGGUUCCAAGUCCGGCGAAACUCAGGCGAGGCCUCCCUAUCUUGUCAAUACUACUUCACUUCCAUCUUCUUCAACACUCUAGAAUAUGGAUUUCUCAAACUUCCCAAUCGUGUGUCAUUGGGGAGGGAACAUAUUUGAGGAAGGUGGGCCAAAUACGCAAUGAAGGUGGUAGAAGCAACUUUGUCAUUGUUUCUCAUGGUGCAUGUUUGGUCGAGAUGCUGCAAAAAAUCCAUGCAGCUACAAUGAUUCCUCUGAGCCGUUGUUUGCGAUUGGAAAUGAAAUUUCCCAUGAACGGGGGAAAUUACAUUCGUAUGCCACUUCUUGAUGAGCUAGCUGGAUCAAAUAUGUGGUUGAUAAUUCAGAUGGAGAGUAUGUCCACGCUGGAGAUAUACAUUGAGGAAUCCAUAUCUUACUAUUCUGCUACUCCAUCAACAUCAAAUUUUGUUGUACCUAGGCAUGGUGUCAAUGCAGGGAGCUCCUCAAAUGUUGUUGUACUGGAAAUUGUUAUAGAGGAAGAGGGUAGGUAUGUGCACAAUGGUGCAUCAUUUGUGGAUGGGCAGGGAAGUGAUGAUGAUGCUGACGAUAACAUCAUCGGUGAUGACAUGACAUAAUCUGAUGAAGAUGAUGGUGAUACUGUCACGGCAACUGCCCCGUCUAGCCGAUGUGUGGAUGAGCGGAGCAGGUAUGAAAAGGUUUACACCCGAAGGUGAGUUUGAGGUUGGUCAACAAUUUGACAACAAAGAACAAGUCCUCAAUAUGGUGAGCUUGUAUUCUAUUAAAAGGAACCAAUUUUAUCGGGUGUUGGAGUCCGAUAAACACAAAUGAGUUGCAGAGUGCAAGAGGAAGAAGGAACGUGAUUGCCCCUAGAGAAUACGCGCCACAAAAAACAAAGGCAACCUCGACAGCUUCACAAUUGUGCGUUAUCCUGGACCUCAUUCUCCUAGCUGUGUUGGCAACACGGACAAUACUGAUCACGUGGCGAUGACUUCUGAUUUCAUUCCUAAAGAUGUGAUUGACAUUCUUCGCACUGAUCUUUCCCUUAAAGUGCAUACUAUCAUUGAGCUGUUGAAGGAAAAGUAUGGGUAUACGGUAUCAUACAUGAGAGCAUGGAUGGGCAAACAGAAGGCCAUUGCAGAAAUUUUUUACGAUCGGGAGAAGUCAUAUUCUGAAAUGCCACAUUUCAUGACAGUGCUCCAACAUUCCAAUCCUGGAAGUGUUGUUCACUGGUACCCACCCCCUAUUACUCCAACAGGAUAUAUGCAAUUUCAGAUAGUAUUUUGGGCAUUCAAGCCUUCAAUACAUGGUUUUAAGCAUUGUCGACACGUACUUACUAUUGAUGGCACACACUUGUAUGGGAAGUACAAGGGUACAUUGCUUGUGGCUAUGGGUAGUGAUGCGAACAACCAAAUAUUUCAUGUGGCCUUUGCUGUUAUUGAAUUUGAGAAUGGGGAGAGUUGGCCAUGGUUUAUUGGAUGCAUUAGGGAGUUUGUCACUAAUAGGGAGUUGUGUGUCAUUUCUAAUCGACAUGUAGGUAUAGUCAAGGCUAUGAAUGAGGUGGGCAGUACUUGGGAGGAGCCUUAUGCGCACCAUAGGCAAUGUAUCCGCCAUCUUGCAUCGAAUGUUCACACUCAUUUCAAAGACAUUCACCGAAAAAUCUGUUUGUCUGGACCGCACGGCAACAUCCGAAAAAGAAGUUUGAUGGUGGGUUCAAGAAGAUAGGGGAAAUGCGGGUGGAGGCGCGACAAUUUUUGGGGAACAUUCCCUUGGAAAUGUGGUCAUUACACCACGAUGGCGGAUAUAGAUACGGUACAAUCACUUAUAAUCUGGCUGAGGUUUUCAACAGCAUGAUGAAAAAUGCCAGAUAUUUGCCCAUCACCGCUUUGGUCCAGGUUUCCUUUUUCCGCGUUAAUGCUUAUUUUGUUAAUAAGCGUGCGAGCAGUAAAGCAAGAGUGACUGAAGGCCAUGAGUACUCUCCACACAUAACGAAUUUGAUUGAAAAGAAUAGAGAGAAGGCGAAGCAUCACAGUGUUACUCCAUAUGAUAUAGCCCGAGGGAUAUACCAGGUGGAAACAGGAUGUGGUGGCCGAGCGUUGGGAAAGCGUGGGAGAAAACAAAUUGUCCAUCUGCGGCGGCGUACUUGCACCUGUAAAAAGAUGAAAAUGUAUAAGAUUCCAUGCUCUCAUGUAUUAGCCGUGUGCAGACAACGUAGUUUGCCUUCUCAUCCAUUUGUGUAUCCAUUUUUCUCAUCUGAACAAUACGCCGUCACAUAUCAAAGAGUCUUUAAACCCAUUCCUGACCGUGAUUAUUGGCCGACUUACUAUGGACCUGAAAUUGUGCAUGAUCCAUCCAUAGUUCGGGCUAAGGGAAGACCUAAGUCCACACGUUUUAAGAAUGAGAUGGAUGAAGGUCCCCGAGGAACGGUUAGAUGUGGAAUAUGUAAACAAACCGGCCAUAAUAGGGCCACAUGUGCAAAGAGAUCAUGAAGAGAUGGAGGGAGGUCCACUGGGUAAAGUCCAAAUUAUAAUAUUCCACAUUUGAUAGUAACGGUGCAUGAAAAAAAAUAAUUAGUAAAAUGUUAAUUAAAAUAAAAUAAAAUAAUACAGAAUUAAAAAUUAACUAAUAUCCUUUUAUUUUUUGUAGGCAUGGAGGUGUCAGCGGAUCCUAGGCCAAGUGAUCGUUCUGUCCUGGCGUAGGCGUAGGCAACAACAACAACAUUUCCAUGACCAAGAUGAUCAAGAAGACCAUGAGAACUUGUAGUUUGUCUUUUGUAUUGGAGUUUUUCUUGUACACUAGAUGUUGUAGGAAGAAUUGAAUUUAUUUUACGUAUUUCCACCUGUAAACUCUUUUAUGAUGUGUUGAUGUGUUCGAUUAUGAAUAGGAAAAAUUGAAAAUAAUAAUCCCAAUUAUUGCCAGCCCGCUAACAAUAAUCUCAACUAUUGAUUAUUUUUGUAUAAUCCCAACUAUAUGGACUGUCCACCAAUAAUGGUCCAUGACCGCAUAUUACAUGUUCUAACAAGUGAAUUUUUAAUAGAAAUUAAACGUAAAAAUUAAAAUUUGGGAUUAUUUAUAGGGAUUACAUGCUAUAUCUCUUUAGAAACUAUAGGAAUUUAUUUAUAGUUGGUCACGCUGGACCAUUAUUGGUGGAGGGUCCCUAAAGUUGGGAUUAUUCUGAAAUAAUCAAUAGUUGAGAUUAUUAUGAGCGGACCACCAAUAAUUGGGAUUAUUACAAUCAAUUUUUCCUUAUGAAUAUUACAUGACUAUUGUGUUAUGAAUAUUGGGUUAUUGUAAUGUGUUGUAUCUGGUUCGUAAC